AUGUCUGACGUUGUGGAUUCGUCCGAGACCAAGUCGAGCACUUCCACAGUCGUGGUAACGCCUCCGGCCCGAGAGGGCCCACCACCGCCCCCCGAUGGCGGUUUGUCUGCAUGGUCGACGAUAGCCGGAGCGUGGAUGAUUCAAUUUUGCACCUUUGGAUACGUCAGUGCGUUUGGAGUCUACCAAGAUUUCUAUGCCUUAGACUUCCUUCCACUAUAUUCAUCCUCCGACAUAAGCUGGAUAGGCGGCUUGCAGCUGUUCCUGAUGUAUGCUCCGGGGAUUCUAGUAGGACGGGCUUUUGACGCAGGAUACUUCCACCACCUGGAAAUCGUCGGUUCGCUCCUGUACGUCUUCUGCAUGUUUAUGCUCUCCCUCACAAGCCGGAACCAAUACUACCAAAUCAUCCUAGCUCAAGGCGUCGGCAUGGGUAUCGGCCUCGGUCUAACGUUCCUCCCCUCCCUGAGCAUCGUGUCGCACCACUUCCGCCGCCGACGUGCGCUCGCGGUGGGCAUCGUCGUGAGCGGCGCGUCCGCGGGCGGGAUAGUGUUCCCGAUCAUGCUGAACCGUCUCUUCCAAGACCCGCACGUUGGCUUUGCGGGAGGCGUGCGCGCAAGUGGGGGGCUCGUCGGCGGGCUGCUCUUGCUGGCCAAUGCGCUGGUGAGGACGCGGGCGCCGCCACGCCGCUUGGGGAGCCGGAUGGGCUUGAGUUGGAGAAGCUUUAAGGUGGUGCUGAGGGAUGGUGCGUACAUGUGGUCGAUUGCAGGCGCGUUCUUCACAAGUAUGGGAUCUUACAUACCAUUAUUCUACCUGCAACUAUUUGCAUCGGACCACGGCGUGAAUGCGCGGGUCACGACCUACUUGCUCGCGAUCCUCAAUGCUGGGAGCAUCGUAGGCCGAAUCAUCCCGCCCUUCCUCGCCGACAAGUGGGGGGUCUACGCACUGCUCCUCCCGUCCGUCUUCGCGUCCGCCACACUACUCUUCAGCAUUUUCGGCGCGACGACGUCCGCGGGCGCAGUCAUCGUGGGGCUGCUGUUCGGGUUCGCGUCGGGAGCGUAUAUCUCGCUGAUUCCUUCGUUGCUCGGGGUCUUGUGUCGGGAUGUAAGUGAGCUUGGCGUCAGGAUGGGGUUCGCCUACACCGUCGUUGCAAUCGCCAUGCUCGUCGGGAACCCGAUCGCGGGUGCUCUCCUCAAUGCAGAUGCUGUGAACGUGCAGCGCGUAUGGUGGCAUGCGCUCGUCUUCGCCGGGCUUUGUACCAUCGUGGGGUUUGGGUUCAUGUGCAUCUCGGGGAUAUUGUUUCACAGGCGGAAGGAACGGGCGAGCUCGGCAUGA